UCUACUUCCGACCGGCGGCGCGCGCGCAUUAAGAUCGCGUUACUAAUCUUUCAUGCAAACGUUUCAUACAAACUGUUAUUGAAUACUUGAUAGAAUUUAUUGUGAGGCAGAUGUGUUAAUAUGAAGAUUUGGAUUUUAUUAUUAUGUGCAUUCGUCGUUGGGGCUUCAGCCCAGAGCGACGAGUCGGUUGGUGAUUGGGAUGAUGACUGGAAAGAGUAUGAUGACGAGUGGUUCAGAACAAGACUCGCACAACUUGGUAUCUACAAUAAUGAACAAAAAGGCUCUGCAGAAGAUAGCGACUUUGAUGCUAGUGUCGCUAUCGAAAGAGAGCAAGAUGAAAUCGAUAAAAAAGUGCAAGAAGACAUAAAAAAAUACGAAGUUGAAGCGGAAGAUGAAGGUAAAAUCAAUGACUAUCAGUUUGAAGAUAAUAGGUCUGAGCAAAGCAAGGAACUUAACGAUGACGCUGAGCCGAUUCGUGAUACCGAUGAUAGAAAUGAUCAAAAUGUAAAAAGUCAUUUAGAAAAUGAAAAUGACUAUGAAGACAAAGCUGAGCCAAUUCAUGAUAAUGAUGAUGGAAAUAAUCAGGAUUUUAAUAGUCAUUUAGAAAGUGAAAAUGAUUCUGAAGAGAGGGUUGAGCCAAUUCGUGAUAUUGAUAAUAAUGAUGUUAGUCAUUCAGAAAGUGAAAAUGACUAUGAUGACUAUGCUUUAUAUGUCGGUGAUGAUUUAGAAGCAAAUGUUUCGGAAAAUGAAGAUUUUCAAAUCCCAGAACCGAAAUUUUCUAAAAAUGAUAACAUCGUUCCUCUUCCACCUCCUGAAUCAAUUGAAGAAAUAAACCGAAUCAUGGAAGAAGCACAGGCUAUUAUAAAACAAGAAGAAGAAAAACCUAAUGAUUUUGCUGUCGAUGAUGAAAUACCAAAAGAAAAUAGCAAAGAGUUGAAUGAAAUAGUCAAAGAAACCAACGCUAUUUUGGAGGAAAGCCUAAGACCAAAUGAUUUUGCUGACGAUGAAACAAAAAAAAAGAAAAAUGACUUCGUUGCUGAUAAUGAAAAAGAAGAUUGGGAUGAAAUGCCAAACAAUUCACAAGACACUUUUGGUAAAGAAGAAGUAAUUAGCAAUGUAAAUCAAAUUGAUAUUCCCAGUAAAGAAGAAGUCAAUGAUGAUAAUUCUAGCGUAAAGACAGAAGAUGAUGAUACUGUUAAUAAAGUUUAUGAAGACUUAAAUAAAGACUUGGACAAGUUAUUUAAAACCUUAGAUGAGCUUUCCAAAAGUGACAACCAGGAAGAUGAGAAACUUAAACUCGCCGAUGUUGAUUACGCUGUAAAUUCUGAUGAAACCCUAGACGAUAAGUCCGACUAUGAAAACGUUUUUGACAGCAACUUAUCUGAUAUAUUUGCUCAACACAGCGAAGCCAAGGAAGAUGAUACUCUUGCUAAAAUAGAGGCUGAAGACAGCGAAAAUGAUAAUAAUAAACAGUUUAAAUAUGUGAAUGAACAAAAAAAAUCCGUUGAAUUAGUUUUGGAAGAAGUCCCAUAUAUCAAUGAUGCUUUACUUUCUGAUGACAAAAAUGACGAAAAACUAAUUAAAUCUGUCAAUGUCGAUGAACUAUCAGACGAUCAGCUUGUACAAUUGAUGAAAAAUUUUGAGAUCCAACACAGCGACGUAUUCGACGUAGAAGCUCUUUCAGAUGACCAUGUUGUCAAUGAAAUCUCUUUAGAAUAUGGCGAAACUAAGGUUAUCACAUCAGAAAAUUAUCCCGCAGGAUACCCCACCAACAGAGUUGUGGAUUGGAUUGUAACUGGCAAGGGACAGGGCAUCGAAUUGAAUGUGACAGACUUGGCUGUGAAUAGUGCCCUGGGGGACUACGUCAUGGUCAAACCAGGUCAAAUGGACGACAGCGGUGCUGAAGGCAUCAUUUUCUCGUACCACCUGAACGAGCCACGCGCCUUUCGCUUCAUGGACGUGGACAGAAUUUUCAUCCGCUUCGAUUCUAAAAUGGGGAUGAGUUGGAUGCGAGGAUUCAGCCUUACUCUUAAAGUAAUCGCUCCUCCGGCCGAGGAGCCAGAACCCGAGCCAGAGCCGGAGCCCCUGCUCCCCGAGCCCCGGCACACUCUGACGGUGUUGCUGGGCGGCCUGACCCUCGCCGAGUUCGAGCAUGUCAGCGACCAGUUCCGCCUGCUCGUAGCUGACAUGGCUACCAUGUAUAUCAACGCGAACGGCGUUGAUCCUGGCUUGAACACCACUUCAGAGAUCACUCAGCUAAUCUCAGCUUCCAUCUGCAACGUGGCAUGGCCGGGCUACGAGCAGUGCUCGCAGGUGCGGUUCUCUGUACCGCUGGUGUACGAGGACGAUGAGGAUGGGCUCCGGCUCAACAGCACCGACCUGCAGGCCAUGUGGGAGACGUACGCGGGCGUGGAUCCCUUCGCGGCCAGGUUCAGGCAGAUGGGUAUUGAGGAGUUCUCAGUGCCUAACGACAGCGGCGUGCUGACGGUGUGGGUAGUGGUGGCGCUGGGCGUGGUGGUCUCGGCCGCCAUGCUGGCGUUCGCGCUCUGGCGCUACAGCUGCUUCGAGGACUACUCGAGGAUGCCCGCACACAGCGACACAGACAGCCUUUACGAGAAACGCAGCUCGGGUCUCUACCCCACCCCCCACCAGAUGCUGCCGCCGUUGUACGCCGAGAAAGACUAUGAUGCCACAAGAGUGGAUAUGGGUGGGUACACUAACCGCAGUUACGCGCGCACCGACAUGUACGAUCUGGACUCCGACGAGGACGCCAUGCCGCGCGACAGGUACACCACAGACGUGUAGCCGAAUAACCACUAAUAUUUACUAAUGCUUGCAUAAAAACUGAAAUGCCGGCAUCCAACCGAGGGACAUCUUCAGUGUAUGAAGCCCCUUACAGUGGUAGAUAGAUAAUCCAAGAGAUUAAGGUGUUGAUUUGUUAUUUUACAAUAAUUACCCGUACAAAUGUAACCAAAUAAUACAAAUAUAAUUUGAAAUAAUGUGUACCUAUGCUUUUCCUUGGUUACAUUUGUACGUGAAAUAAUAUAUAUUUAUAGCGAUAUUAAAAUAUAAAUAAUAUAUUAAUCGUUAUAUACUUUAUCACAGUAAAACUAGGAAAAUAGAAUUUAAGUAACCUACUGUUGUUGUGAUUUUUUUGUCAUUCUGUUACAAGAUUUUUUGAUAAGUAAUUUUCUUUUUCUUACAAAUAAAUUAUGAAAUGUUUUUUUA